AUGCCUGAGGUGCAACGCCUCUUCGAACAGUCUGGUGCCGAUAAGGAACUGCUUGAAAAGCGGCGGACACCAGAUGAGCUUGUUGCAUUGAUGGAUGCUGCUGGGGUCAGCCAGAUAUGCAUUUGUGCAUGGUACCGGCCCGGCCACGCUGUCUUUUCCAACGCUGAAGUUGCCGCGUUUACUCGUGCUUAUCCGGAUCGUUUCAUUGGCAUCGCGGGAGUAGAUCUUCUUGAUCCAGUCUGCGCGGUUAAAGAGCUUGACCACUACGUGAAAAAGGAAGGGUUUAAGGGCUUGCGCGUGGUCCCUUGGCUCUGGGCGUUGCCACCUACUGAUGCACAUUACUGGCCGCUGUAUGUCAAGUGUGUUGAGCUUGACAUCCCCUUUCAUACGCAAGUCGGGCACACUGGUCCCCUAUGCCCCAGCGAAGUUGGACGACCAAUUCCAUAUAUUGACGAAAUCGCGCUGAAAUUCCCCACGUUGUCCAUAAUUUGUGGGCAUAUUGGCUACCCAUGGACGGCGGAGAUGAUUAGCGUAGCUUGGAAACAUCCAAACGUUUAUAUUGACACCUCUGCACAUUUGCCCGCAUACUAUCCUAAGGAAUUGAUCCAAUUCGCAAAUACCACUGGGCGGAAGAAAGUUAUGUUCGGAACUAAUUUCCCUCAGCUUAGCUGGAAGCAGUGUGUUGAGUCUGCCCAUAAAGACCUCAAACUCCGGGAGGAGGCUAAAGCGGACUUCUUCGGUGGAAACGCAGCGAGAAUCUCGUUCACCGAAUUUCGCGAUCCAAUAAAUCUCUCUCCUCUCUCCUCUGCAACAACUUAUUACCUCUACCGCCUAUACACAAAUAACCAAAACAUCCUAAAAGACUUCCAUUUAUUGAUUCUCGCGUCUCAGAACUGUUCCCAAGUUUCUAGUUCCCAGAGCCUUCCCGGCGCAGCGGGAUACCCGCCCAUAUCUCGCCUUCCCAGUGCCACUCCUACUUGUUACAGAGCUUUCACCAUGUCCGAACCAAUCCCAGAAUCCAUCCCUACCAGUCAAGACCCACGAAGCAAGCGGCCGCUAAAGAAACGUGCCCUGACCCCCGUCUCCGAACAAGCCACCCUAAUCCAAACCCUCUUCAAAGACCCCACGAAAGAAGUCCACAUCCCCGCCCCAUCCAAACCCCGCACAAGCGCUACUCUACCACCUCCGCCAGAAAUCGUCGCUAAUGUCCAAGGCUCCUCGGCCGGCGCGGGCUCGGGCGAGUUUCACGUCUACAAAGCUAGUCGGAGAAGGGAGUACGAGCGCCUAAGGCUCAUGGAGAUUGAGUUGAAGAAGGAGCAGGCGGAUGAGAUGUUUGAGCGGAGGAGGGAGGAGGCUAGGCGGAAAGAUGAGGAGAAGACGGAGAAGAAUCGGAGAAAGAGGGAAAAGAAGAAGAAGAAGGCUAAGGAGAAGGCGGGGGCUUCGGGCGCUGCUGGGGAUGUUAAAAUGGGGGAUGUGGAGAGGACAAACAGUGAGGAUGGGAAUAUGGUACCCGUGGUGGAAGUGGCCGCAGAUGGAAAUAGAGAAGAAUUAGGUGUCAUAAUUCAUGAUGAGGAUUGA